UACUCCAUCUCCGCAGCCGACGUAUACACGUCUCUUAAUUAUUAAGAACUAUCAGUAAUCGUGUGUCACUCGAACGCGUGGUUUUCUUCAUGUUCCAUCUUAGAUUAAGAAAAUGGUUUUAAACGUCAUUCGUGUCGCUGCGAGAAUUAGCAAUUCGUGUGCCUUAUCACAGUGCUGUCGAAGGGCCGCCUACAGCACAGACAGCAAAGUUCGUUUGUACACCAAGAAACACGAGUGGGUGUCUGUGAGCAACGACAUUGGUACCAUUGGCAUAUCGAACUACGCACAAGAUGCGUUGGGAGAAGUGGUGUUUGCCCAACUACCUGACGUUGGUAAGCAGGUUGCAGCAGGUGAUGACUGUGCAGCCCUCGAGAGCGUCAAGGCAGCCAGUGAAGUUUAUACACCGGUUUCGGGUGUGGUAACAGAAAAGAACACGUCUGUGGAGUCGACCCCAUCAAUAAUCAACCAAUCUUGUUAUGGGGAAGGUUGGCUGUUCAAGGUCAAGUUGACGAAGCCGGAGGAACUCAACAAUCUUCUAGAUCAAACUGCUUAUGACAAAUACGUAGAGGAAUCCCAUUGAUAUUAAAUUCAUUUUCGUACACAUCGAUUUUCAAUAUUGUGAUCUAAAUUGAGUAACAGAGAUUACUUAUGUUAAAACUUUUAAAGAAAUAGAAGAAUGUAAAGUCAAAGUUAUGCUGCUAAUGAUUCUCACUAAAAGUAGGAAUUAAUAAAAUAUUACUGUAAUCUUACAAC